CAUGACGGACAAUGAUGCAUUUUCAUGUAGGUUGGUAGGAAGCGUCCUCUGACUCUGGGUCAGCUUGAUUAAACGUAGUUUCUGAAUUCACAUGCAGCGGUUUUCCCCUAACAUCGAGCAGAAGCAGCUAACUAGCUGUUUCACAGUUUUUCUAAGCAAAGUUAGGAGUUUAAUCUGUAAAACUGUCACCAGUGCUUUACACACUACUCAGUAUUUGUAAAGCACUUUAUUCGACUUUCAAAAACUUUUUAAUCCUUAAAAAAAAUGUACGUUUAAUCAAAUACAUGAUGUAGACCUAUCGAUUGUGUAGGAAUAAAGACUGAUAAUAAAUGUCGUGAAAGUGGCCUUUAGGAGCAAAAAUAGAUAAUGGAAACUUUAAACAGUGGAGUUUGAAUCUUAGGAAAGAAGUGUUUUUGCACAUUCAUGUUAUCAGGUGGAUCUAGCGUGCUGUCAUUGAGUGCUAAGCAAGCAGUUUUUACAAUAAAGCACACUAGUACUCUGUUCCGCGUUUCACCGCCACCUUUGAACUGAAAGCUGUAAAUAGAAGCAGUCAGUCUGUGUUGCCAUGUCUGAACAGAGGAACAGGUCUGCGCACAGUAAUGAGGCUCUUAGCACAAUGCAUUGAACUUGUGCAAUUACAAUUGUUAAUUAUGUGCUUGUUAAUCAUUAAUGAUGUGCUUAAACUAAAAAGACGAACAAAAAGUAACCCUUGGUCAGUUAUUUAACUUGCGCUGAAUAUUAGUGGUGAUUGUUGUUUAUAUUUUUAUUCUAGAAGAGGAACUGCUAGAGAUGCUCCGACUGAAUCAUCCAAUUUUACCUUGAUUGGUAAUCAAGGUCAUGCGCUGAACAAUCAAAGAUAUUUAUUAAAUGCAUCAAAAGUAACAGCUUCUACAAUUUUCAGUCAAAAUGAUGUCUACCAUUGAAGUGGAAAUUAAAUGAGGAUAUUUAUGAAUGGUUCAAAUAUACUUCUACAUUGGACUGAUCUAAAUCUAACCAAAUGCAUAGACAUUGCACUUGAAUUUCAUCAAGGUUUGCUUUGGUACCUUUUGAGGAAUCAUUUUUUUAAGUCUCAUUUUAUUCUUAUUCUAAACUUUUAAAUAAUCUAAAGAAGCUGCAGCACCUCGCCCCCCCCUCUCCCCCCUUUAAAGUUUGACUAUUUAGAAAAAGACAAAACUGGAAUCAGUAAGAGUCAGCUGACCUAAAGAAAAACCAGACGUGGUAAAUUCUGAGCAAGGCUUCAUUGUAAAGGGAAGUAUUUACAAUAGUAGCGCUUUAAAAUUUUCCUCACGUCUAUGACCAAAUCAGAUAACACUAAGAUUUGCUGAUAAAGGAGUUUUGCACUGACGGUUAGCUCUUACGUCAAACAUGUGAAACCCUUGGGUUUUAAAAAUGAUACAUAAUAGGAAAGUACUCCCAUUACGUAUCAUUUGACCACUGUACAUUCAUUGGUCAAAAUAGCAGUGUUUUUCCCGUGUUAAAAGGCCCGUAUGAUCAGCUCACAGGAAGUGCAGUUAUUUGAUUUAUAACUGCACUAUAUUUUCUGUAAAUUCUGACAUCGUUAUGUCACAUGUACAAAAACGCAAUGGCCCAGACAGAGUAAUCCUGCAAGACGUCAAAGUCUAAUUUUCUUUUCUUUAAUGGCAGAGUAAGUAAAAACUAACUGGAGGCUCACACAAUGUACCGGAGGCAGCUACUGUACUUGAAACAUGUCCAAAAUUGCAUAACGCGCUUCUGUAUUUGUUUGCUUUAAGGUACUUGGGAUAAGCAGACCUGGCAACUACUUUCUGCAGUUAAAUAUUUGCAAGACCAGACAGUUUAUUGCAGGUGCUGUAAAUUUUAGUGCAGAGUAAGCCUGUUUGCAGCAGAGUAUCACACAUGGUGAAAUAAUUGUCAGAACCUGUUUGACAGAAAAGGCAAAAUGAGAACUUAAAGAGAACCACAAUGAUAAAUCCAUUGCUCAGCAUUAGUCACAAAUGUGUGACGCUUGAGGUUUGUCAUGCAUCAAUAUUUUAGCCGGUACUAAUACUAGAACAACAGGUAUAGGAAUUAAAGACAAAACAAGUGAGUUCACUGACCUUUGACAAAUGUUGACUGUUGGGAAAAACCUAUAUGCUUCACUUGGGUUUUCCAUUUGGCAGGUCUGUACUUGAAGAAAUCCUCAUCCCGUGUUUCAGUUUUACACUCACCUUGUGUCCUCUGCUAAAUAAUCAUCGUUGUAAUGUACAGUUCAUAAAGGAAGCAUCCCCCAAAAUGCCGUCUUUGGCCAUGAUGGGCCAAGCAGGAGCUCAGAGACUUGCGACAGGAACCUGGAGGAGAUUCAUGAAGGACGGCAGAUGUUUCACUACCUCAGCUUCUCACCAGAACGCUUCAUCCUCACCUGCAUCCAAUCAGAAAACUCCAUCCUAUAGCUAUGUGGUUAUUGGGGCAGGGUCAGCAGGUUGCGUCCUCGCCAAUCGCCUGACAGAAGACGCCCAGGAGUCCGUGUGUCUGUUGGAGGCCGGACCCAAGGACAAGUGGCUGGGAAGCUCCCGACUCUCGUGGAAGAUCCACAUGCCAGCCGCGCUGACCUACAACCUCUGUGAUGACAAGUAUAACUGGUUCUACCACACAUUACCUCAGGCCCAAAUGGACAACAGGGUGCUGUACUGGCCCAGGGGUCGAGUCUGGGGAGGAUCCUCCUCACUUAAUGCUAUGGUUUACAUCCGUGGGCAUGCAGAGGACUACAACCGCUGGCAGAGAGAGGGUGCAGAGGGAUGGGACUAUGAGCAUUGUCUGCCUUACUUCAGAAAAGCUCAGUGCCAUGAACUGGGAGAAAACAGGUACAGAGGUGGCAGCGGACCUCUUCACGUGUCCAGAGGAAAGACCAACCAUCCCCUGCACAAGGCUUUUAUCGAAGCAGGCCAGCAGGCAGGAUACCCCUUCACUGAUGACAUGAAUGGAUACCAACAGGAAGGCGUUGGCUGGAUGGACAUGACCGUCUACAAAGGGAAGAGAUGGAGCUCUGCCAGCGCCUACCUCAGACCUGCAUUGGGUCGGCCCAAUCUGAAGACGGAGGUGCACUGCAUGACCACCAAGAUCUUGUUUGAUGGCAAGCGUGCUGUGGGGGUGGAGUACGUGCAGAACGGAGCGAAAAAGAGAGUGUUUGCAGAUAAAGAAGUGAUCUUGAGUGGAGGAGCUAUCAAUUCCCCUCAGCUUCUCAUGCUGUCUGGUGUGGGAAAUGCAGAUGAACUGAAAGACCUGGGCAUUCCUGUCAUUCAGCACUUGCCAGGCGUUGGUAAUAAUCUGCAGGACCACUUGGAGCUGUACGUCCAGCAGCAGUGCACUCAGCCCAUCACCUUGUACAAGGCGCAGAAACCUUUCCACAUGAUCAAGAUUGGCCUCGAGUGGCUCACUCUUUUUACCGGCUACGGAGCUACAGCCCACUUGGAGAGCGGAGGGUUUAUCCGCAGUCGACCUCACGUCACACACCCUGACAUUCAGUUUCAUUUUCUGCCUUCACAAGUUAUUGACCACGGCCGGGUUCCUUCAAAGAUAGAAGCGUAUCAGGUUCAUGUUGGACCAAUGAGAAGCACUAGCAUUGGCUGGAUGAAGCUGAAAAGUGCCAAUCCCACCGAUCACCCAAUUCUCCAGCCAAACUAUCUCUCCACUGAUAUUGAUGUGUGGGAAUUCAGGGAGUGUGUCAAACUGUCCAGAGAAAUUUUCGCUCAGAGUGCCUUCGACCAGUUCCGCGGUCCCGAAGUCCAGCCCGGUCUCCAGGUCCAGUCGGACGCCGACAUCGACGCUUUCGUCCGCCAGAAGGCCGACAGCGCCUACCAUCCCUCCUGCACCUGCAAAAUGGGGUCCGCCUCCGAUCCGACGGCGGUGGUGGACUCGAGCGCACGCGUCCUGGGUCUGGAGCGACUGCGGGUAGUCGACGCUUCCAUCAUGCCCAGCAUCGUGAGCGGGAACCUGAACGCCCCUACGAUCAUGAUGGCAGAGAAGGCAGCCGACAUGAUCAGAGGUCGGCCUCUUCUGGUGGAACCCGGGGUUCCCGUGUACCAGCCCACGACGCUCGAAACGCAGAGAUGAUCGGCCGAUUCGGUGAUUUAACUAUAACGAUCUCUGAGGUGGGAAGCAGCAGGGAAUUUAAUCAACAAAAAUCAAAAAAAUGUGACUUAGUUUUGUUUAACCUUUUACACUCUUUUUGAACUCCACAAAUAACCCGUUGCGUUGAAGUGAAGGAUUUAGCGUGAAGUUCGAUAUGCAGGGCAGUCUGUCGGUUGGGACCAACACACUAAGACAUCAUACAUCAUUCUAAAAGUAGAGAUUAUUACAGCCUGCCGCGUAGCAGCUGUGCAGUAAAUGCAAAUUGCUCUUUGCAGAAUCUAAACAGUACCUGGAAGAGCCUUAUCAACUGAACACUUGCUCAGUGUUUUUGUUUAAAUCUACUAAUACAUGAGGACGUAAGGGGAAUGCUGUUUGCACCAACAACAUGGUUCAUCUCAACUUCACUGUAUCCACAGCUUGAAUUGUUUUAAGUUUAAGUAUUAGGGAGCAACAUGUGAAACACUAACAAAACAAAAAGCAGACUCUAAGCCAUUUGGUUCAGCUUGAAAUAUUAUUGUCACUUUCAUUAUGAUUUAAUGCCUCUCCGAUAUGACGGUUCAGCUAAAGUGCAAGGUUCUGCCUUUCCUCUUGUCUACCGAUCAGCUUCCUCCCUGCAAACCUGCAGCUGUUCUGUUUAGCUCAUUUCCUUAGGUCUGUUGCACACUGUUCAAGAUAACAGGAAGGCAAUCGCUGCUUAGUUUCUGUUCGAGUUAACCUUAUCUCAAAAAAGGGAUGUUUUUAGUGCAAGACAUUAGCCAGUGUGCUCGCACGGUUGCUUUUGUGUUUAGAAAAAGAUUGGUGCUGAUUAGAUUGGCCUGCGAAGCUGCCUACAUCAGCAUUUUUUAUUUGAGAAAAGCUGGAACAACACUUGUUUUCUGGCAUAAGUCGUAAAGGCAUCAUCUUUUUUUUAACCAAAAAAAACCAAAAGCUUUAAAACAUAUGUAAAAGUGAAAAAGGAAGCGACUUAAGAUUUUGUGAGCAAAAAUAACUGCCUUUUUCAGUCUCUAACACUAGUAGAUCUGUUUACACUAACGUGCAAUAGUUUGUUUUUUUGUUUUUUUUUUUUCUAGAUUGCAGUUGUUGCAUUUUAGGGCAAAGAAGCAUUUAAAGGGCAAACACCAUUUUUACAUAUUUUCCUUCUCAAUUGUGUUCAAUUAAUUUCAACGCAUUUUUAUACCGCUUGCUCACAACAGAUUUGGUCUCAAGGCUUUUGCUUUUAAUAGUUCAUUUCAUUUAAAAAAUAUAUGUGGGGAAAAAAGUGAAGAAAAUGCACCUGAACGUUACAGAAGAGUAGUGUUGUUGACACUUUUAGAGCACAGAACUGUUGCAUUAAUGCAUGCCAUAAUAUGCAUCCAAGACAAAAGUAGAAAAGUGCAACUCUAGCUCCAAGAUCAAGUUAAAAAGUGAUUAAGAUUUGUGUCAUACAAGUCUCAUUUUUUCCCCCACAUAAUCAGUUCGUGUCCUACUGUUCAGGAGUUCACCUAUGCUGCUUAAGGUGCCUGUCACAACAAGCACACUGUAGACAGUAAAUGACUGCAGGCUGAUUGCAGUUACGGUAAUUUUCUCAAAUGUUAUUUGGCCCCAACAAGUUACUCCUCUCUAAUGCAGCACGUAUCAAGGGAAAUCCGGGGGAGAUUAGCAUAAAUUGUCUAUAUUUAGGACUACAGCUACUUAACUCACUCUGUAAGCUUUCUGCACAUAAACAACACGCGGUCACCUCUGUUGUCUGGCUGUCUAGAAAAAACUAAGUUGGCGCUGUGUCGGAUCUUUAUCCAUCAGCUUUCAGUUGUUUCCUUGAGUUCAGAGUCAACUUUGUGGCCCCGCUCUGUGACCCUGGGGAAAAGUCGAAACGCUGUUCGCUUCCGUAGAGUUCGCUCGCAUUUCCUGCACUGCAACAAAAAUGCCGACUGCGUUGUUAUUCUGAGUCUCCAAAAAGUGGAAACGCAUCCAUUCCACGUUUUUAUUUCAGGCCAGAAAAAAAUAUUUCCUCUGCGAUUGCCUUGAGAGAUUUCCAUAAUGGUUGUGCCUGUUUUACUGAUCAUGACUCAAAAGGUCCUUUGUAUGUUUCGGGAAAAUGUUUCGACAUUCCUGAUCCACUUAGGAAAACAAUGGAAAAUCCAUUUGCGAUUUAAUGCCGGUAGACCUCAUGUAGUUUUUUUUGCUCCCAAAUGGCUCAGGCUAAACCUAAGAUGUUUUCAAACUAUGCAGUAAUAUUAACAGCUAAUAUCAAACAUGGUGAAUUAUGUUAAAAUACACCUUGUUUAUCUACACUAAAAAAACUUAAAAAUCCCAAGUAUACAUUAAAUAAAAUCUAUUUUUUGUAUUGUUUUUGUGAAUGAUUACGUAGAUUAUCUUGUUAAAAUUUAUAAAUGACUAAUAAGGAAAAUUAACGUUUUUAAACAAUAGGAAUAUAAUAAAAGAAAUAGUGCCUAUAUUGCCGUCAGUGUUGGUAUCAAAGAAUUUGUGAUUGAAGUUGAUGCAUAUUUGUUGUGAUUUUUUUAAUAUCUUCACUAAUAUCUUAAGUAUUGAAUGAAAUCAAUUAAUCCGUAUUAUAAGCUACAAUGGACCUUAUUUACUACAAUGACCUUAACUGUGUUAAAUUGUGUGUCUUUGUUAAUAAUGCGUACUGUGACAGCUAUUGUUUACACUAUAAUGCAUCGUUGUGCAAUGAUGCAUUAAUCAUCUUUUUUAUGUUUUUUAAUGACGGAAUAAACAUGUGAAUCAGGAAAGGAUAUUUUAUGUUAAUAUAUCAAAGCUUUUCUUUAUUAUUAUUUUUUUCUGCAUUGAUUGUCAACAAGCCGUCCUGACCUUGUCCUCUUUAUUUAGCAAUUAUUACAAAAAUCAGCAGGUGCAUCGUCAUUUCAGGCAAAAAAUUCAAAUGUACAAAACAAGGAUGUUGCUUCUGUUGGUACAAAAUCUAGAAGGUACUAAUUAUUAUGCUACAAAGUAGAUAAAGACAACUUUUAGAGUGUUUUAUACACAAAUAGGUAGAAAGCAGAAAUCUUCAAGUUAGUUCUUACAAACACUAUACAAAUUGUUUUGUUGUUUUGUUUUUUACAACCUUUUACAGACUUCUGUAAAGCAGUGGCAAAGUAGAAAAAAUAAAGCUAAGUUGCACAACCAA